GCCAUGUUUGUUGUUGUGCAUUAUGAAGAAGGAGCAAGUUGUCAACUGUCAGUUCUCGGUCUGGUAUCCGAUAUUUAAGAAAUUCACAAUAAAAAGUUCAAUCCUUCCACUGCCUCAGAAUGUAAUUGAUUAUUUGCUGGACGAUGGGACACUUGUAGUACCAGAAGGAUCAAUUAGCUCACAGCAAACUCACAACGACAGCAGUAGCGACUCCGAGGCAGAUGACGAUGUUCAGUGGUCUGAUGACGAAUCAACAGAGACUGUGAAAGCGCCAGAGUUUCCAGAAUUCAAUGCCAAAGUGCUAGAGGCUAUAAAUGCACUUGGUGGGCGAGUGUUUCCCAAACUGAACUGGAGUGCACCUCGGGAUGCUAACUGGAUCGCUCUGAACAGCUCCCUAGAGUGCCAGAGCCUCAGCGAUAUCUUCCUCCUGUUCAAGAGCUCAGACUUUGUCACACAUGACCUCACACAACCGUUUAUCCACUGCAGUGAUGCUGAUUCUGCAGACCCAGUGAUAAGCUAUGAGCUGGCGUUGAGGAAAUGGAGUGAGUUAACCCCAGGAGGAGAGUUCCGAUGCUUCGUGAAGGAGCACAAGUUGAUAGCUAUCUCCCAGAGGGAUUACACGCAGCACUACCAUCACAUAUCCAAACAGGAGGCCAGCAUCUCUCACUCUUUACAAGGCUUCUUCCGGGACCACAUUCAGUACAAGUUUCUAGAUGAUGACUAUGUGUUAGACGUCUACAGAGAUAGCUGUGGAAGAGUGUGGCUGAUUGACAUCAAUCCGUUUGGGCCGGUGACUGACUCCCUACUCUUCACCUGGGAGGAGCUGAGCUCAGGCAGCGGUCUAACAGCCAGCCAGGCCCAAGAUGACAUGCCCCAAGAGGAAGGGCCAGCGUUUCGUUACACCACCAGUGAGGUGACGGUUCAGCCCAGCCCUUGCCUGAGCUACCGGAUGCCCAGGGACUUUGUGGACCUUUCCACUGGAGAAGACGCCUACAAACUCAUAGACUUCCUCAAACUGACUAAGAGACACCAGGAAGCAGAGGAAUCAGAAGGAGAAGCAUAGAAGUUUUUACUUGCUUAUUCUCUUGAAGGAACACAGACAGACACACACACACACACACACAAGCACACACAAGCACACAAUCAGAACCUGUAACUUAUGGACGAGGCAAUUCAUUCAAGACCCACUCUGUCACUAUAAUAUUAGUCACAUUUGCAUAUAUGUACCAGUUUCCAGCCUUGCCAAUCCUUCUCAAAGCUCCAUUGUUCUGUGGGAAUAGUUUUUAGUAUUCACAGUUUGAACUUUGAACACACAUUGAAGUUUAGCAGGAACCGGAGCAGGAACAGGGACACUGCAGGAUUUAGGAAGUCAAAACUAAUAAUAUAACUAACUAUCCAUCAAGUUUUCCAGUACAGAAUUGUCUGUCUUUUUCCCCUCUGAGGAAAAACCUUGUGUCUUACUUGUGUGCUGAUACCUUAAGUCCUAGCUAGUUGUGUCCUUAUUAAGACAGGUCAAAUCUUCUUUAAAAAAAAAAAAAAGUUAAUGCGUUCUCAUGAAUAUUAGAAGCAGAUGUCCCCGUGUCCCACCUAAUACGGAUGCAUUUUCGUUUUUGCAUGUUCGCUGUCACUCUGGAUUUUAAGAAGCAGAACGGACCACACUAGUUCUAGUUACCGGUAUCUUAUCUAUCUCGAUAAGGAGGUUAGGAGGGAGAUGUCCGCUUUCUCCACACUUAACUUUGUGCAUCGCCAUCCUCGUAAUGAAAUAAAUAUUUGUGUAAAUACUUCAA